UGAUUCACACGCGUUUCGAAGCGUCAGCGCAUGCGCACUUUCACUCUAGGGCUGCUGCCGUCCUUUGGGUCAAAACCGAAAGUAAACUCGGCGAGGAGAAUCCAAAAUAAGAAGACGACUUGUGAAGACUUGCCAUAAACAUCACAUUCCACGACGAGUCUCCAGCUCGCGCGCCAGUAGGCUCUUCAUGUAUCACACCCGUGCUUCUGAAGGUGUGAAGUCAGUUUGUCAUUAUGGAGAACAGAGAGAGCAGAGAGAGAUCUUCAUCUCCUGAUCUUCCUCUUAACCUCAGUGCUGAUCCAGUGACCUCUGACCCCAGCAGAGCAGAUGGAGAGAGAAGCAUCUCUGGAGGAGCCUCCUCUGUCUUCCUUCUGAACAACACGAGUGUUACAGUGUCUCUGAAUAAACAUGAUCAAGCAGUGAUUGAUGAACUACAGAGAGUCAAAGAGCAGCACAAAACCAGCAUGAAGAACAAGUAUGAGAGAUUAUUUGAGAGACUGAAACUCCAGGAGAAUGAAAGCCUCCUAAACAGGAUCUACACACAGCUCUACAUCAUAGAGGGAGAGAGAGAAGGAGUGAAUGAAGAACAUGAGGUUUUACAGAUGGAGAAAACAGCCAGAACAAAACACUCACAAGACACUCCAAUCGACUGCAAUGACAUCUUUAAAGCCUCCGCUGAACCAGGAUGUGAAGAGAAAGAGCAGAUCAAGACUGUUCUUACUAAAGGCAUCGCUGGAAUCGGAAAAAAAAAAACCGUCUCUGUGCAGAAGUUCGUUCUGGACUGGGCCGAGGGAAAAGCCAAUCAGGAUGUAGAUUUCAUGUUUGUGCUUCCAUUUCGAGAGCUAAACUUGAUCCGAGAUCAUCAGUACAGUCUUCACAGCCUUCUGCUGGACUUUCAUCCUGAACUUCAAGAUCUGGACUCACAGAUUUAUGAGGAGUGUAAAGUUGUGUUCAUCUUUGAUGGUCUGGAUGAAAGCAGAAUCACACUGAUGUUUUCAGAUGAUCAGAAAGUUUGUGAUGUCACUGAGACUUCAUCAGUGGCUGUGUUGAUGUCAAAGCUCAUGAAAAGAGACCUGCUUCCCUCUGCUCUCAUCUGGAUCACCUCCAGACCAGCAGCAGCCAAUCAGAUCCCCUCCAAAUACAUCAAACGUCUGACAGAAAUUCAGGGAUUCACUGAGCCUCAGAAGGAGGAAUAUUUCAGGAAGAGAAUCAGUGAUGAGCAUCAAGCCAGCAGAAUCAUCUCACACAUCAGAAGAGCAAGAAGCCUCCACAUCAUGUGCCACAUCCCCGUCUUCUGCUGGAUCUCAUCCACUGUGCUUCAGAAGCUCCUGGAAGAAGAUCUGAGUGCAGAAAUCCCUCAAACUCUGACUGAAAUGUACAUCCACUUCCUGCUGAUUCAGAUCAACAUGAGGAAGCAGAAGUAUGAAGAGAGAGAUCCAGAGAAACUCCUGCAGUCCAACAGAGAAGUGAUUGUGAAACUUGCUGAAGUGGCUUUCAAACAACUGAUGAAGGGCAAUGUGAUGUUCUAUGAGGAGGACCUGAUUGAGAGCGGCAUAUAUGUCACUGACGCCUCAGUGUAUUCUGGGAUUUGCACUGAGAUCUUUAAGGAGGAAUCUGUGAUUCAUCAGAGGAAAGUCUACAGCUUCAUUCAUCUGAGCGUUCAGGAGUUUCUUGCUGCUUUCUAUCUGCUUUACUGCUAUUUAAUAAAGAACAUGGAGCCACUGCAUGAAUUCAGAUUUUACAGAUCGAUUUCUAAAGUCUCUCUGUAUGAUCUGCUAACAUCAGCAGUAUAUAAAUCCCGUUACAGUAAGAAUGGGCAGCUGAAUCUGUUCCUGCGGUUCCUGCUGGGCGUCUCUCUGGAGUCCAAUCAGAGACUCUUACAGGAUCUACUGACACACACAGAGAACAACUCAGAGGACAUGAAGAGAACCACAGAGUAUAUUAAAGAGAAGAUCAAAGAUUCACAUGAUUAUUAUCUUCUCUCAGCUGGUGAAUCCAUCAAUCUGUUCCUCUGUCUGCUGGAAGUGAAAGAUCAGACUCUGUUCAGAGAUAUUCAGGAGUUUGUGAAAUCAGACAAACACUCAGAGAAACUCUCUCCUGCUCAGUGCUCAACAAUGUCCUACAUGCUUCAGAUGUCAGAGGAGACACUGAAUGAACUGAACACCAUGAAAUACAACACAUCAGACGAGGGGAGAAGAAGACUGAUAGCAGCUGUGAUCAACUGCAGAAAAGCUCUGUGA